AGUAGUACAAUCUUCUUAAAUGUCAUCUUAAACAUCAAAUGUUGUGAAUGCUCAAAAUACCGUUUUAACUUUAUUUCUAGGGGUACCGCUGAAAUCAAAAUCUAGGCGCACGCAAAUACAGUGUGUGUAUAUGUAUAUAUAUAUGUGUGUGUGUGUGUGUGUGUGUGCGCGCGCAAUGUAUGCAUGAAAUCAGCUGACUACUCUUUGUGAACUAUAUUGGCAUGGAAGUCAGCCCUGGCUACUAAAAACCGCACCGUGGCUUCGCUCAGCCGUCCCUUGGUUGGUAUUGUUCUGAUUAACGCUGACAAAUGCCUGUCUUCCAGGAAAAUGCGCAUCUUCUAGAAAUCUCAAGAUGGUUUUCUGUGAUGCCCACUGCGUGAAACCCAUUUGCUUACUAUUACUUGUCACUGCUGGUAUCGUCAAAGCAGGAUUGGAAUGCAGAGCAGAUUGCAGUUCGGAGAACGGGUUCUGUGAGAAGCCAGGAGAAUGCAGAUGCAGAUCUGGCUGGCAAGGUGCGACAUGCGAGCAGUGCAUGCCCUUUCCCGGCUGCCUGCACGGGACAUGCCAGAGACCCUGGCAGUGCAUCUGUGAGGACGGCUGGCUGGGGAGCCAGUGUGACGUUGACACUCGCUCCUGCUCGUCGAAGCCCUGCUCUAACAAUUCGACCUGUAUCGAGACUGGUGCCGGGAAAUACCUGUGCAUAUGUGCCCCGGGUUACACUGGGCAGAACUGCCACCUGAAGCUGGGACCUUGUCUAACCAACGGGUCUCCGUGUCAAAACGGGGGCACGUGCACUGAUGAUGAUGGGCAGGCAGCCCACUCCUCCUGCCUGUGUCCUCCAGGCUUUGCUGGGAACUUCUGUGAGAUUGACGUGGACGACUGCGAGCCUAACCCCUGCGCCAAUGGGGGCACCUGCACCGACCAUGGGGCCGGGUAUACCUGCACCUGCACAAAAGGCUUUACGGGGCCCACGUGUAACCACACGUCACUCACCUGCUUUGAUGGUCCCUGUGCGAACGGGGGCACGUGUCUCAGUCUCCCGGCUGGGGGCUUCCACUGCCGCUGCCGGCCAGGCUUCUUUGGGCUGAGCUGCACCCAGCACAAGACCAAGAGCACCUGGCUAUCAGACAGCAGCAGCAGCGGCCGCUACAUGCAACAGCACUAUAACCUGCCCUCGCACGAGUUCCAUCGGCUGACACACCCCUCUGAGAGGGAGCUGCUCAGGAUCACCAUGAAGGAGACGGGCCGGACCCCCAGUCCGCUAGUCACCCGCAGCCAGGUCAUCUGCUUUGCUGUGCUGGGCCUCCUCACCUGUCUGGUGGUCCUGGGCACCACUGGCAUAAUUUUUUUUAACCGCUGCGAGUCUUGGAUGGCCAAUGCCAAGUACAGCCAGCUAGUCCGCCAGCAGCGAGAUUAUUUGCUCAGAUCAAAGGAUGGCGAAGAUCACUCCGUCAAUAUCAUCCUGCCUGAGAAAAUAAAGUUGACCAACUAUGGGAACCACUAUACGUCCAUAUGAUCUUGCCAUGGGGCCGCUGCCCUCUGGUGGAUGUACCUGAUAACUAGCGGGUAACCAUCCACUGAACUGAAGGGUAUUGUUGAGAAUGGUAUUUAGAAGAGCACUCAGCUCAAAACACUUGAUAAGGUAAUGGAAAUAUUACUUUAUUUGUGGGGCAAAUUUCCAGAAGCCCCCCGCCCCCCCAAACCAUAAACUUUAAAAAAAUAAACAAAUAAAACCAUAAAUGGCAUAGGUGGCUUUUUAGCCUUUGUCUUAGCCUCUGUUCAAUCAUCUACUUUAAUUUAUGUGUCUUUUCUCUGGUAUUUCACUUUCUUAUGCAUAUCAAUUCCUCUACAGAGGUUGAUCAGAUUUUUCUCUCUCCAACACGACAAUUUCUAAAAGUGUUUCAUUUAUGUCUGACAACGUGAUGUGAGUGGGGGCUGGCUGGCUGCAUUCUCUGUGGUCCUAACACAGCUGGAAUUCCAGACCUGUGAAACGACGCUGUUAUCUUGUAUCAUAAGGAAGACAGGCUGCAACAUUCAUGCCCUCAACUGCAGUCUGAUUUGUUUUAACCUCCUUCACAGGUUAAAGUGAUUUCUUUUGCUAGGUGAGCCUGCAUCAGCCCUCCAAGCAGGCAUCCAAAUGUUAUGGACAGUUUCCAGUAUUAAUUGCUUUUUUUAACGCUACUCUGUCCAAAGUGCAUUAUAACAUGCUCGCAUGAUAUCAAUAUCCCACAUAUUACUGAUCUCACAUUGUCUUAAGCUGUUGUAUUAGGGUGGAUCAUAGUGUUUUUAUAGUGGUUGGCGUCACAUUAUCCCUCCCUCUAACAGUGUGUAUUUAUCCUGGUCUUUUUUGUGAAAUUAAUUAUUUUCUUCUUUGUACUUGUAGAACAUUGAAACACUUUGAGUAUAUUUUUACCACGUAAAAUAAAGGUCAGCGUUUCUGAACAACAAAAAAUAUAUUUGACAGCUCUGUGGAAAAAUAUCAACAUUUGCAUACUAUGUAGUCUAGUUUAGUGACCAACUGUUCAUGUCAAACUUUUAAAGGCAAAACAUAGUUUUAAGACAAAUCAGCUUCUGAGCCCUGCGGGAAAUAUGCAUAAAGCAUUA